AUGAUAGUUUUCAUUUUCUUCGCCUUGGGGCUAUGCUUGGACAAUGAGUCCACUUCCCAAACCAUUGAUUGCACAUAUUUAAGAGAACUCUGCCUAAGUGAUGCAGAUGGAUGUAAACAUGACUGGAGAAUAAUGGAAGAUGCCUGCAAUGUGUCAGGCAACCCCUGCCAGAUGAAGGAUUCAUCAACCUGUAAUUUAAGUAUCCGGUCUUUAGCAGAAAGCAAUUUCCAAUUUAAAAAUUGUCUCUGCUCUGAUGACCUCUACUGUACCAUUAAGAAAUUGCUUGGAAAAAAAUGCAGCAACAAAUCAGAUAACAUGAAAGAGGAUAAUAAAUUCAAGUGGAAUCUAACUACUCUUUCCUAUCAUGGAAUCAAAGGCAUCAGGUCCUGUUUGGAAGUGGCGGAAGAGUGUGUGGCGGAUGUGCUCUGUAACACACAGUUGGCCCUUUACCUGAAAGCUUGCUCAGCAAAUGGAAACCUGUGUGAUGUGAAACACUGCCAAGCAGCCAUCCAGUUCUUCUAUCAAAAUAUGCCUUUUAACACUGCCCAGAUGUUGGCUUUUUGUGACUGUGCUCCUUCUGAUGUACCUUGUCAGCAGUCCAGAGAAGCUCUUCACAGCAAGCCAUGUGCAGUGAACAGAGUUCCAGCCCCAACUUGCCUCGAUAUAAUUCACAGCUGCCAAAAUGAUGAAUUAUGCAGGAGGCGCUAUAUAACAUUCCAGGCAAAGUACUGGCAGAAUGUGAUAAGAAUGUGCCAUGAGGAUGAGACCUGCAUCAGUACCUUAAGCAAGCAAGACCUCACUUGCUCCAGAAGUAAUGACUGCAAAGCAGCUUACAUUGGUACCCUUGGGACUGUCCUUCAAGUGCAGUGCACCUGUAGGACCACUACCCAAAGUGAAGAAUCCUUGUGCAAGAUUUUCCAGCAUAUGCUUCAUAGAAAAUCAUGUUUCAAUUUUCUGACCCUGCAUAAUGUCAAAGGCAUUGCAUUGCGUAAAGGAAAACAUGCAAAGGAAAUAACUCUCAGCGGAUUUCAUUCCCCUUUCAAUGAAGUCAUCUAUGCUGUCAUGUGCAUGACAGUCACCUGUGGAAUUCUUCUCUUGGUGAUGGUCAAACUGAGAACCUUCAGAAUAUCAAGUAAAACAAGAGACCCUUCACCAAUCCAAAUACCUGGAGGACUCAUGAUUCAAUGA